AUGAAGGCUCUCGUAUACAAAGGCGACGGCCAGAUUGCACUCGAGGACAGACCAGUUCCGGAGAUACAAGAUCCAACGGAUGCGAUCGUGAAGGUGAUCUACACCACGAUUUGCGGAACGGACACACAUAUCCUGCACGGAAAUGUGCCGACUUGUAAGCCUGGAAGGGUGCUUGGGCACGAAGGAGUCGGCGUAGUGCACGAGCCUGGGAGCGCGGUCUCGCGCUUCAAAAAGGGUGAUCGCGUGUUGAUUGGCUGCAUCUCGAGCUGUGCGACUUGCAAGUAUUGCCGCAAAGGCUGCUACAGCCACUGCGUCAAGGGCGGGUGGAUACUGGGCCACACUGUGGACGGGACGCAGGCGGAGUAUGUCCGGAUACCGCUUGCAGACAGCGGGCUGCACCAUGUGCCUGACGGGGUUGAAGAGAAGAGUCUGGUGAUGCUGAGUGAUAUUCUGCCGACGGGACUCGAAUGUGGAGUGCUCAAUGGGAAGGUGCAGCCUGGUUCGACGGUGGCGAUCGUUGGCGUGGGACCUGUUGGGCUGGCGGCCCUCAUCACCGCCAAGUUGUACUCGCCCAGUCUCAUUAUUGCGAUUGAUCGGGAUCCGAAUCGUCUCAAAGUGGCGAAGAAGCUCGGCGCAGAUCACACGGUCAACAUCAGCGAGGCCUCUGCUGAAGAAGUUGUCAUGGGCCUCACGGACCAAACAGGCUGCGAAACGUUAUCGAAGCGGUGGGCUUUCCAGAAACCAUUGAGCUGGCGCAAGAUCUCCUCGCACCGACCGCUGUGUUGGCAAACGUUGGCGUGCACGGGAAGAGUUGCAAGUUGA